CCACGCAACCAUGGAGGAAGCAUCUCCCUAUUCCUUACUUGACAUCUGCUUGAGUUUCCUGACCACCAACCUUGAGAAGUUCUGUUCAGCAAGACAAGAUGGAACACUAUGUCUGCAGGAACCUGGAGUAUUUCCACAGGAGGUGGCUGAUCGACUGCUUCAGACCAUGGCAUUUCAUGGUUUGCUGAAUGAUGGAACUGUGGGAAUAUUCAGGGGUAACCAGAUGCGCCUAAAGCGAGCUUGCAUUCGCAAAGCAAAGAUUUCUGCCGUUGCUUUCCGGAAAGCCUUCUGCCACCAUAAGUUAGUAGAACUUGAUGCCACAGGUGUGAAUGCCGACAUCACUAUCACAGACAUCAUAAGUGGCCUUGGCAGUAAUAAGUGGAUCCAGCAAAAUCUUCAGUGCUUGGUACUAAACUCAUUAACUCUGUCCCUGGAAGAUCCUUAUGAGCGGUGUUUCAGCCGGCUUUCUGGUCUUCGAGCUCUGAGCAUCACUAAUGUGCUCUUUUACAAUGAAGAUUUGGCUGAAGUUGCUUCAUUGCCUAGACUGGAGAGCCUGGAUAUUUCUAACACCUCAAUCACAGAUAUCACUGCCCUGCUGGCCUGUAAAGAACGACUCAAGUCUCUAACCAUGCACCAUUUGAAAUGUUUAAAAAUGACUACUACCCAGAUCCUGGAUGUUGUUCGGGAACUGAAACAUCUGAAUCAUCUUGACAUCUCAGAUGAUAAACAGUUUACAUCAGACAUAGCCCUUCGGUUACUAGAGCAAAAGGACAUCUUGCCCAGUCUUGUCUCCCUGGAUGUUUCAGGGAGAAAGCAUGUGACAGACAAAGCUGUUGAAGCCUUUAUACAGCAGCGGCCCAGCAUGCAGUUUGUGGGUUUGCUGGCCACAGAUGCUGGUUAUUCCGAAUUCCUCACGGGCAAAGGACACUUGAAGGUGUCUGGAGAAGCCAAUGAAACUCAAAUUGCAGAAGCAUUAAGGCGGUACAGUGAAAGAGCAUUUUUUGUCCGGGAAGCUUUAUUUCAUCUUUUUAGCCUGACUCAUGUGAUGGAAAAAACAAAGCCAGAAAUCUUAAAGCUUGUGGUUACUGGGAUGAGAAACCAUCCUAUGAAUUUGCCUGUGCAACUGGCUGCAAGUGCCUGUGUGUUUAACUUAACUAAGCAGGACCUUGCUUUAGGCAUGCCUGUCCGGCUCCUCGCUGAUGUGACCCAUUUGCUGCUCAAGGCCAUGGAACAUUUUCCUAAUCACCAGCAGUUACAGAAAAAUUGCCUGCUCUCACUCUGCAGUGACCGUAUUCUUCAAGAUGUUCCAUUUAACAGGUUUGAAGCAGCCAAGCUUGUCAUGCAGUGGCUUUGCAAUCACGAAGAUCAAAACAUGCAAAGAAUGGCAGUUGCUAUCAUUUCCAUCCUGGCUGCCAAGCUUUCUACAGAACAAACUGCACAGCUUGGUGCUGAGCUCUUCAUUGUCCGGCAACUUCUUCAAAUAGUGAAGCAGAAAACUAAUCAAAAUUCAGUGGACACUACAUUGAAAUUUACUUUGAGUGCACUUUGGAACCUCACAGAUGAAUCCCCAACAACAUGCAGGCACUUCAUUGAAAAUCAAGGGUUGGAACUCUUCAUGAGAGUUCUAGAGUCUUUCCCAACUGAGUCAUCCAUUCAACAAAAAGUUCUAGGACUUUUGAACAAUAUAGCUGAAGUACAAGAGCUACACUCUGAAUUAAUGUGGAAGGAUUUCAUAGACCAUAUCAGCAGUCUCCUGCACAGUGUGGAAGUAGAAGUCAGUUACUUUGCAGCUGGGAUUAUCGCCCACUUAAUAUCCAGAGGUGAACAGGCAUGGACCUUGAGCCGUAGCCAGAGGAAUUCUCUUCUUGAUGAUUUGCAUUCAGCUAUUUUGAAAUGGCCAACUCCAGAGUGUGAGAUGGUAGCAUACAGAUCCUUUAAUCCAUUUUUCCCACUACUUGGCUGUUUUACAACACCGGGAGUCCAGCUGUGGGCAGUUUGGGCCAUGCAACACGUCUGCAGCAAGAAUCCUUCAAGGUACUGCAGCAUGCUGAUUGAAGAAGGAGGUCUGCAGCAUUUGUACAACAUCAAAGAGCAUGAGCAGACAGAUCCCUACGUCCAGCAAAUUGCUGUAGCCAUUCUGGACAGUUUAGAAAAACACAUUGUGCGCCAUGGGAGGCCCCCUCCCUGUAAAAAACAGCCCCAGGCCCGACUAAACUGAUAGCCAUAGAUAGUUGGAUAAUGAACAGCAGGAAUCAUUUUUGUGGUUGGAAUAGUGUGCUCUGGUGUUGGGGAGUGUGAGUGUGAGUGUAAGGGUCCUGUGAUCCAUUUGGGAUUGGUGAUGUAUAGUACUGCCCAUGUGAACAGUCUGAUUUGUCUUGUGAUUUUUUUUAACUUAUGAAGCAAGAAAGGUCUUCCUUCAUUAUUGUCUUUUAAGAAAUCUUUUGGUGUUUGAACUUAACCUGUGCUUGAGAUUUUACAGUUUUAUGAUUAAUUGCACGAACCCUUACGCCAGACUUCUCUAGAGUCCCUUCCAGGUAAUUAGCAGCGUGAGCAGGACUGCUGACAUGAUGUCAGCACUGCUUCAGUUGUGAGUGUUAUUCUGCUUAUGUAAAAUACCUUCAUUCUCUGUGUAGCUUUCACAAGGUGUGCUUCUUUGUGUGAGUGGAAAUCCAUUGUGUCUCUGGAAGCUCUGUGCUGUUUGGCACCUGGAUGACAGUCAAAGAAAUACAAAAGAAAGAAGAACAGAGGGGAACAGGAAUUAGACAUUGCUUUUGUGGUAUGGCUCUGAGAAUGGGACAAUUCUCCUUGCCCCCCCCCACCAAGGCCAGGAGCAGGAGCUGUUUUCCAUACUGAAGUCUGGAAGCACGGACUGUCUUCAGGUUACUCCAGAGAUACUUCCCCAGUUACCUCAGUAUAACAUCCCAGCAUUCUGUGUCAAAGCCUCUCUGAGACACUGUCAUGAUGUAAAAGAGUGCAGUUUUUUAAAAUGUCAUUGGUUAAACUGACUAUUUUUACCCCUUCUUUCCCAAAGUCAUUCUUAUUCAGUGGAGUAGAGACUAUUUACAGAGUUAUUUUGCUUAGUUAAAAUACAAUUAACAACAGAAAAUUUGCUAUGAAAGUUUAACCUUGAGUUGGGUGUAGCUCAGUGGUAGAGUAUGUUCUUAGCAUGUAUUGAUUAAAUACUCAGCAACAUACACACAAAUGUUAAUUUUUUUCUCCUGAUAAAAUAUGGGUGUCUGUCAGCAUAAACGCCUCAUACUAUACUCGAGUCACUCAGGAGACUAAAGCAGGAGGGGUGGAGCUUGAGACCAACUUUUGUUAGAAUGACAUUCAGUGUAUGUCAUUAUGUCUUUGUGUUAGAAAAAGAUGUCCACAUCUCACUUCCAAACAUGCAAGAGAAGAAUAGGCUGCUGCUAAAUGGUUAAAUGUGUAGCUGAGCAGGUAAAAGGAAAUGUUUUUGAUGGACUUUUAAAAAGACAGUUGCCUUUAAGAUGAUUGAUGUAAUGAAGACUCAGUUAUUGUCCUAUGAACCUGAGAGAUACCAAGUUACCAACAAACUUAAUUUCAAUUUCAUUUUUCAUUUUAGACCGGGAAUCAUUUCAUUUUAGACCCAUAAUCCAGUAAUCAAUCACAAGGGUGAGACAGAAGGAAUUACAAGUUGGAGAUGAGCUUAGGGUACAGAGUUGCAAGCCAGCCUGGGCAAUACACAGAGACCCUUUCUCACAAAACAGAACAAAAUUUUUAUUUUAAGGGGAGUUUGGUAGCACUUGUCCUUAAUCCAAAACAUUAAAGAGCAGGGGUCAUUCAAGGCUAGCAUGGGCUAGAUAGCAAGACCCAUCUCAAACAAGUACACUUACAUCUUGUUUUGUGUAUAGGUUUAAUCUGAAAUGUCUUCUGACCACAUUUUGUUCAUACUCAUCUAAAAUGUUUUCAGUAGAGUUUUAAACUGAUAUUUUUAAAUAAGUCAGAAACAUUUCAGUUUAGAAAGGAGCUAGUUUAAGCUGGGCAUGGGGCACAUACCUGAAAUCCUAGUUAGUGUGUGGAAAAUGAAGGCGAGAGGACCGUUAGCUCUAAGUCAUCCUGGGCUACACGAGAGUCCAGCUGAUUGAUGUAUUAGUAUGCUUUCAACAUGUCUGACUCAUGUUUCACGCCACUGUCACAGUCUUCAGACUUGAAUGUUUUGGGCUUCCUUCAUAGGAAUGAGUGCUGAAUCAAACUGAAAGGACACAUACAUAGAAUUAUCAAAAAGCUAUAUAAAACAAUGGUUUAAUUUCUUUUUUUCUUUUAGUGGUUUAAUUCUUACUUCAUUGGUUCAAGGGAUUUUUAGAGCUGCGAGAUACAUUUUCACCUGAGAUGGUUGCUCAAACCUAUGAUUGACCACUGGAGAGACAGGAUUAUUGAAUAUUUGAGGCUAGCCUGGACUAUUUAAUGAUGCCUGUCUUAACAGCUUCCCCCACAAAAACUCAUUUUUCAUAGUUAAGCAUAUUUCAGAGAAAAGAGAAUUCUUUCAAGGGAGUUUUGCUUUUUGGUGACACUUCACCCUCAAUUUUAAUGUCUAAAAGUAAAAUUCUGACAAUAGGAUAGUCUGCAGUAUCCUGUUGGUGGUGUUGACCAGCCAGGUCUAUCUAUAUACUUUGGAGAAAGCCUGCUUGAAAACUUUGGCUUUAAGUGUCAAGACAAGGUGCAUGUUCCUAGAGGCUCCUUCUAAACUUUCUGCUUUUACAAAUCUUUAGAAAAAUAAAGUCAAGUGUGGUGGUACACACUUGUAUUCCCAUUAUCGCCAGCCACAUAGCAAAUUCAGAACCCUAACUCAAGAAGCAGAACAAGAAAUGGUCAAAAAACUACAGAGGUUUUCAGAAUAAUCUGACACAUGAAGACUCAAAAAACAUCUCAAUUUAUAUUUUGCUGGCCAGUCAUGGCUACAUUGCAAAACUAAAAAUCAUACCAAAAAACAAAACUGACCACAUCCCAGAUGUAUCAAGAUGUGUGUUUUGAUUUUUGUUUGUGGGGGAUGGUGUGGUUUUGUUUUUGAGAUAGAGUCUCACUAAAUGUAGACACAAGGCUGUAGUCUACUUUGAUCCCACACAGUUGACAAUUCUGAGUAAGUAGUAAGAUCCCAGGCAUGUGCUAUUGUGUCUGGCGCUGGGGUGCUUAUGAAAGCCAUCAUUAAGACAGUUUUCAAUAAAGUCCUGAAUAUAGCUAAAAUAGAGUAAAUAUAUGUUUGGUAUGUCCAACUAGUCUUUACAGGCCUCACCUUUUGUUGUUUUUUUGUUUUGUUUUGUUUUUCCAAGACAGGGUUUCUCUGUGUGGCUUUGGAGCCUGUCCUGGAACUCCAUAUGUAGACCAGGCUGGCCUCACAGAGAUCUGAUGGCCUCUGCCUCCCACGUCCUGGAAUUAGAGACAUGCACCACCACCACCCAGUAGGCCUCCCCUUUGUAAUUGGAGACCAUAAUGUAAGUACUUGGUACCUCCAAAGUCACUGGCUUAAGGGUGUGCUUUCAGGCACAGUUUAGGUUAAGCUGAAUGACCUUGCUGAACUCAUAGGUGUACUCAGACACAAGCCAUUGAGUCAGCAAUAGCAACACUUGGAUCUGCUGAAGGAAGUGCAUCCACAAGGUCCCAGGUCUAGUCCCCAGCACCCCUCCCAGAAAGGAAAUGGAAUUAGACUUUGUAAGAUUGUAAUCAAAUAAAGCAAAGUAUAGCAAAUCAAAA